AAGCGGCGUUCGCGCUCGGAGAUAUUGCGCCUUCGUCAUGCAACAGCCUAUAAAUUAGGAAUUCUUGGUCGUACAUUCCUUUUUAGUAGUGUACUCGGCAAGCUCUCUAGUGCAAGCGGCCUGCCCCAGUGCAAAUUCGACAUCCGCCUGCGACUAAUGGAAUGAGGACGGCUAUAAUACUGAAGCUAGGGUGAGCCUCCUAAUCGCCCGGGAGCGCUACCCGUUAAUAAACUGCAUCGGAUAUUAGUGCCCAAACCACGACAGGGUUCUCCCGAAAACUAUUGUGUUGAUUCUAACUUCAAGAUUGGAUAGCAG